GAAGAAAGAGAUUAAUAAAUAUUGUAUGUGUUUAGCAUGCUUUGAGAGCUAGAAAGUCAGUACAUCUACCUGUUCAAAUUUUAAAUUAACUCUACCAUAGAUUGCUCUACUGAUUGUUUGAUUACAAUACUAUGCAUAGCUAUCCUUUUAUAUGGAGGGAUGGACUUAAAAACCACAGAAGGUUUGGCAUUUAAAUACAAAGUAUUGACUGUCUAUUCGUCACCUGUUCAUGUACACACGCCCCGCCAAACUGCAUUAAGCCAGUUGCUACUGCUUCAAACACUUUGCUUUGGCUGCCUCUAGUUCCAGGCGUGAUAUUGGAAACUGAAAGAAGAGAAGGAACAAGAGGGAACUCCCUACCAGCCCAUGCCCACGAGACGGAUGGGCAGUCUUUACCUCCUCCGUGCUGCUGAAAGGCAAGAUCAACAGGUGAGUAGUGAAAGUAUGCGGUUUGCUCACUGAAAAUGUAAUACUACACUGACACUAUCUCCGCGCUGACUAACUAUCUACCAUGAAUCCCCUUAAAGGAGACUCUUUAUAAUAAUAGCAUACAGCAGACUAACUGCUGUAUUUAUUGUCCUCCUCUGUAGCACCUCUACUGUGAUGUGAAAAAUCUACCAAUUUAAUGCAUGGAGGAGAGCACCUUGUGCUUUAGAUAAAUAAAUUACUGAAUUAUAAUAGCUCGAGCAAUAAUAAAAUAGAUACAGUAAUGGCCUAUUGUUGUGUACAACAGUGUCAGUAGCUGGUCAGAUCUAAUCAUUACAAAGUGUAGACUUGCCCAGUGGUUUAGCAAAGACAGCCUUCUUUUUGAAUUUCAAAGCAUUCAAAAUUCAAACCACUUCAAUAAUAUGGUUUCACCAUUAAGCCUAUCACAGCUUGUGUGCGUGACUCCCUUCUCAUAUUACAGGUUACAAGAGGCAAAAGAUUACAUGGAAAUAAAACCAACACUAGAGCUCUUGAUUACAGCAAGAGGAUGGAGUCCUUAUCAUUCUCAUAAUCUCUCUGUGCAUUAUACCAGGAGGAGCAUCAGGAUUAAACAUCAACACAGGAGAGGAUGAACAGCAAUACUUCAUGCCGUCCAUCAGCGAUAUACUUAAAAAAGGACAAGUUGGAUUGAUCGAUAAGUUUGGUUUACAUGAGCUCCAGCCAGUUGUUGAUUUAGUACAGAUAGCCGUUAAGGGCCACUCGAGUGGAAGGAAUGAAUUUGUUCACAUUAAAGAUGACAGGCUGGCUUUUGGAGAGGUUAAAGAGAGUAGCUAUACAACCAACAGCUUGUUCUUCCUUUUAAGCUAUAAAGAUGAUCUGUACAACCCUCACAUGUAUCUAUUGGCUGAUAUUACUCUGACAACAGUCAUGUAUGCUAAUGCUACCAAUGGAAAUAUAGAGCUCAAGCAUUUUGAGAGCAUGCGAGACUCUCGUACCCAUUUUACGAUAAAGGGGCCAUUACGAAAUUGUGUACUUAGUGGAUUAGAGAAUAAAGUGAUGAGUGUCAAUGAAGCAGGAGGUAGUAAAUUCUCUAAAGGAGCAGGAACAAAUUUGAGCAUCAAGACUCUAGGAAGCGUCUUGCUCCAGUAACACUAACUAAUACGUAGCUAAGCUAAGACUAAUAGUUAAUUAAUAAUUAAUGUGGAAUGACUGAAUGAUGAAGAUGGUGUAGAUUAAUUAAUAAUUUUUUUUGUAUUAAAUGACUUUUGAUUAAUUACAGUCAA